AUGACUAAUGUUCCCAAUGAUCCUUUUCUGGCCUAUAUUUUGAGUAGCAAACAGCUAGCUAAUUUAGAUCGUCUACGAAAGAAGGCCGUUACAAAACAGCUGGAGUUAAGUUCCGACAAUAAGAAUUCAGAGGAAUUUUCAAAGUAUCAAAAUAUAUAUCAAACAAAGGCAUUUGAAUGUAUACAAAAAAAACAUGACACUCACAAAACAAUGGAGUAUCAGUACGAAUUGUACCAGAAAAGUUCUAAGACAAGAAGGUACAGUAUUGAUCUAGAUUCCGUACAUUCAGCGGUUACAGAUCAACAAGCGGAAAACCUAAAUGAGGACCUUUUCCGCAGAAAGGAAGACGAUGAAGCUGUUAUGGAAUUAAGGAAGAGGUUGUUAGGAAGACAGCAGAACAAGAAUUUGGCAUUUGAACCCACAAAAUCAGUCGACAGGCAAAUUGAAGAUCAGGAUAACUUGCAACAAGAUUUAAUUCAAAAUAUGAGUAAGCUUGUCGGGAGUUUGAAACAGGGUGCUGUGGCGUUUCAAUCAGCUCUUGAUGAAGAUAAGCAAGUUCUUGGAGCGGCAGAGAUUGGUAUCCAGGUUGCGUCCCAAGGCUUGAUGGAUGUUAGCGGUAAAUUGAGGAAGUACGACAAAAGCAAAUUAAGUUACCUGUUUUAUAUCACAGUUUUCAUUUUCAUGAUUCUCGGCUUGGUAUUAACCUUCAUCAUAGUCCAACUCUUUCCAGCACUUUGA